AUGGACAAGUACCGGAAGGUCAUGAAGCCCAAGGAGGAUAUCCAGAAGAGUGACGAGGAGAUACGGGUGACGGCCGCUGGCAGCGUGUCUGCGUACGUCUCACGUGCGGCCACGGUGUUCAACGAGCUCAAGAAGCCCUAUGUGAUCGUGCAGGCCACAGGCAACGCCUUGACCAAGGCCGUCACGGCCGCUGAGGUCAUUAAGAGGCGUUUCAAGGGUCUGCAUCAAAUCACUGAGCUGAAAACGGUGGAGAUUGUGGAUGAGUACGAACCGUUGGAGGAAGGAUUGGACAAGGUCACAGAUGUCCGAAACGUCUCCGUGGUGGAGAUCAAGUUGUCGAAGGAGCCCCUGGAUUCCAGCGACAAGGGCUACCAGCCUCCCAUCGAUGAAUCCUUGGUGAAAGAGUUUGAUCCCGAGGACAUGAUGAGAGGCAGGGGCCGAGGAGGAGGCACUUCGAAAGGCCGCGGCAAGGGUUCUACUGGUCGCGGGCGAGGGAUCAUCCAGGCAGGUGAGGACGUGCCACAACUCCAGUGCUGUGAACCACAAGCUUAG